AUGUCGUCAAAAAUUAGUCGAGAUACGCUGUUUGAAACAGCACAAAAUGUUUUAAAUUAUUCCACUCAAGAAAAAAAACGUAAUUUUGUUGAAACUGUUGAAUUACAAAUUGUUUUAAAAAAUUUUGAUCCAUCACGUGAUAAACGUUUCAGUGGUACAGUACGUCUUCGUCAUAUUCCUAAACCAAAAUUUACCGUAUGUGUUUUGGGUGAUGAAAGUCAUUGUGAUGAAGCUCGUGCUAAUAAUAUUCCAGCAAUGACAAUUGAUGAUUUAAAAAAAUUCAAUAAGGAUAAAAAAUUAGUACGAAAAUUAUCUCAUCAAUAUGAUGCAUUUCUUGCAUCGGAUGUUGUUAUUCGACAAAUUCCACGUAUUCUUGGACCGGGUUUAAAUAAAGCUGGUAAAUUUCCAACAGCUAUUACACAUAGUGAUUCAUUGAUACAAAAAGUUGAAGAAAUUAAAUCAACAAUUAAAUUUCAAGCUAAGAAAACUAUUUGUUUAGCUGUAGCUAUUGGAAAUGUUAAUAUGACUGUUGAAGAAUUGGCUGCAAAUAUUAAUUUAUCAGUCAAUUUUCUUGUUUCAUUACUUAAAAAGAAUUGGCAAAAUGUAAGAGCACUCUAUGUCAAAUCAAGUAUGGGUAAACCACAACGACUUUAUUAG